AUGUGCGAUGUAGUGACAGAAUUUGGGAUUUUGAAUCUGAACGUUAUAGAAGUUGGCGCCCAACUACCAGUGAGCCCAGGUCUGCAUGUUAGUCCGCAUGCAAGGUCGAUCUCAACAGUGAAGACUCCAACCACGACUUCGGAACGACGUCAGCAGCUACGAAAGCGCGACUCAUCUGAGGCAUUGCCAGCUGUGUCGACUCCUAACCUUCCUGCGGACUCUUCAGUAAAAAGCAAAGCAAAUUCGGUGUUUUCUUUUGAAACUCGACGUGGAUCAUUCACUUCCGAGCUAGACCGAAUGUCUAUGGAUUAUGUACUACCUACCUGUAAUCGAUCGCCAGAUUACGUAAACCCUGCGUUCGUAACAACAGCUGGGCGUUGGUUUGACUACGUAGUGGAAAAGCACACUGGAAAUUCACCAUCUUUCCUGUCUGAAAAGGGAGAGCGUUAUACGUCAGUUUUAAGGCAUUCUUGGAUGUUUGAUUGCAAACAAAUUGUAAAUAGGGCCCUCCGUGAAAUCGCUGACCACAUUCUAGAGCAAGUUCGAAACGUGGAUGCCAUCUACCCAGAUCGUGUCCAGAUAUUCGAGCCCACUCCUCGACUUUAUGAACAAGCUCCACCUAGCUCUAUAACUUCCUCUAGUGGCAAAAAAAAUAUAGAAAGGCGUUAUGAAGCUGCUUUGCCAACCAUGCAGUGUGCAAUGAGUGCCGAUAUUGGGCGAGACCCAUAUGAAUCUGAUAUGCCAGAUGCGUUACUGGUCUGUCAGGAAAUGCAGGUGGCAAUAGAGACACAAAGAUUUGGGUUUGAGCCAAUUGGUAGCUGUCCCGAAACUUUGCUAAGGCUGAAUCAUAGCGUUUCCAAAGAAUUGUUUUUGCCAUGCACUGAAGAGGGUCAGUUUGUCCCAAGGCGUCGAAUAUUGUAUGGCACAGUACAUGGAGAGAAGCUCACUCUUUACUUUUACAAUUUUAUGCCUUUCUUGUCAGCAUCUCUGAUGAAUAUGGUGGCCAGAGCGACAUCAUGGUACAAUUCCCGAUCUCGGCUUGUACGAGAAAUUGGUCUUCAUAAGAUGGGAAUCACUCAUUUAUCACCGCUAGAGCACUUUCAAUCGCCUCCAGAAAAUCCGUACCUUGUACUUGUAUGGCGAAAUCCGGAAGAACUAAUGGAUAAGGAUUACCCACCAGAUGAUUUGCAGGUCACAGCCAUUGAUGCAUUGCCGAAAGGAUAUUCAGAGAGCUUAUUCCACCACCCAUAUUUGUUUAUGAAUCGAUCUCCAUGUCUAAUUCAAGACCAACUGGAGCAAAUGCGCUACAUCAGACGGAACGUGCGAGAGCAGUUGAAUAUGACGCGAGCAUUUACUUCUAUCCAUAACUCUUUACUCGACGAAAGUGAUACAAUUUCGGAAUCCGAUUUGGGGAAACUGCGCUCAGCCAGUAGAUUGGUACACUUUGUGGAAACCCCAGUGCUAUUUUUCCCUAAAUGGAGACGAAAUAUUGCGAUCGUUCGGCAGACACGAGGAUUAGUCGAUCUUGAUCCAAGAAAGGCAAAAGCUGCUGUAGGUGCACCACCACCAACGACAGGCAUUCGUCAGAGAGCGAAUACGUUGAGUGUGACCCCAUCAGCACCAGCUCCAUUUCGUAUAAGAUCAGAAGUGGGGGACGAUGACCCUUGUCAGGCAAAAAUUUUGUACUUACUUAUGGGUGAUUAUGUCAAUUAUCUGACCUCACUUGGCUUGCAAGUGCUGAAAGUCACUAAUUUGGAACGGAGGAGCGAACAACGUUGUAUGUACACAACAAUCUACCCUCAGGGAUGUAAAUAUGCUCCCUAUGUAGUAAUGCACAAGACCAUGAAAGGAGGAAUAUUUUUGGUAACGCUAGAAUUCGCACAACCAUACUUUGCCUUUAAAGCUUUCAUAUGGCAUCCUACAACUUUGUGUGAAGCGGUAGGCCGAGAGGAAUCCUGCAGUGAUGCUGUUCGGAAAAUUCGUGAACUACAACAUUUCAAAGAUCUCAUCUCGAUACAGUGCCAUCUGCACUCGUUCACUUACGAUUUCCAUCUAAGGAUGUUGAGCAAGUACUUAGUUGGGAAGGACAAUGUGCUCUUCUCACCAGGCUACAAUACGCAUGCUUUUUUGGUGGACUUCCUUGAGUAUUACGGAUGUAGGCCUCCCAGCGCAAGAAACUGCGUUUAUGAGGAACGUUGUGCCUACAAUCUGCAAUAUGGAGUUCGAGGCAGCAACGUCUGGGACCAUUUCCUGAGUUGCGACAAAAAUUAUAAAUGGAGAGUGUUGAAGCUCAAGAACAGCGAAGAGCGCAUGAGUGAUCAACGUCGAGACGACUUUAUGCUGGUUUCAAGUGUACCCGCAACUUCAAAUGAUGGAGUAAGCUCCUUUGCUGUUUUUUUU